CCCGAGACCACCAAAUGAUUUUUUCACAGGUGCAUGAAUAUCAAACACUUCUUUCUUCCUCUAUAAAUACAGAGUUAAGUAUUCCUCAAAGCCAUAGCUAAAAGACCAGAGCCUUCUUCUUUCUCAACUCAACUUGUUAUAUCCCCCAAAACUCCAUUUCCAUGGCUCCAGUUCCUCUCUCCCCUGUCAAUGUCGGGCACAUCGACGAUGUCCAAGAACUGAGGAAGGCCAAACCCACAAAAAUUCCCGAAAGAUUCGUUCGGGACGAGACUGAAAGGCCUUCACUUUCCAAAACCAAUCUUUCUUCAGCUUAUGAAACCAUACCUGUUGUUGACUUAUCAAAACUUGUCAAGGGUAGCCAAGAUGAAUUCCAAAAAGAAAUUUCAAAGCUUGCAGUCUCUUGUGAAGAAUGGGGAUUCUUUCAGGUGAUAAACCAUGGGAUUGAUCUGGAUUUGCUUGAGAGCAUAGAAAAAGUGGGGAAAGAAUUUUUCAUGCUGCCUUUGGAGGAGAAACAGAAGUAUCCAAUGGCUCCGGGCACGGUUCAGGGAUACGGACAGGCUUUCGUUUUCUCAGAGGACCAGAAGUUGGAUUGGUGCAACAUGUUUGCCCUUGGAGUUGAGCCCCACUUUAUAAGAGUCCCAAAGCUUUGGCCAACCAAGCCUCACAAGUUUAGUGAAACUGUAGAGGAAUACUCAAGGGAAGUAAGAAGACUAUGCCAAAAGUUGCUUAGUUUUAUAGCAAUGAGCCUUGGUCUAAAUAAGGACACUUUUGAGGAAAUGUUUGGGGUAGCUGUCCAAGCUGUGAGGAUGAACUACUACCCACCAUGCCCUAGGCCUGACCUGGUUUUGGGACUAAGUCCCCAUUCAGAUGGGAGUGCCCUAACAGUGUUGCAGCAAGGAAAAGGCAGCUCAGUGGGCCUCCAAAUACUCAAAGACAACACAUGGGUCCCAGUUCAGCCUCUUCCAAAUGCUCUUGUAAUCAACGUUGGUGAUACCAUAGAAGUCUUGACCAAUGGGAGGUACCAGAGCGUGGAGCACAGAGCAGUGACAGACAAGGAAAAAGACAGACUCUCAAUUGUCACAUUCUAUGCACCAAGCUAUGACAUAGAGCUUGGCCCAAUUCCACAACUGGUGAAUGGGAACCUCCCUUGCAAGUACAAAAGGUAUAGCCAUGGGGAGUACAGCAAGCACUAUGUGACAAACAAGCUUCAAGGCAAGAAAACCCUGGAAUUUGCCAAGAUCAAUCAAACCCAAAACUCUUCAUGAAGGGAGCUCAAAAAGUCUCUAAAUUUGGGACCCACUUUGGAUUUGUAUAAUAUAUUGGUUAUAAAGUGUUAGUCCUUUGGGUAAUCAAGUAGAUCAUAUUGAGCCAAGUUGGGCUCAUAUAACAUUAGAUGGUGCUAUUUAUGGACCGGGUAUCAUCUUGUUCUCGAAAUUUCUGUUCCUGGUGUAUUUUCAACGGCACGAUGUCGUGAAGGUCUUGAGUUACAUAAAUAUAGACUCACUGAAAUUGGGGGACAUAAACUUGAAAACACAGGAUUCUGUCCCAAUGUAAUCGAUUAAUGGAAUCGUGUGGGUCUUGUGCAUAUGCUUUGGUCAUCAAAAGUGUUUUGAGAUUUAAGGACUCUAUUAAGUUUUGAAGUACCAAAGCA